AUGCAGGUCGCCUCCUUGCCGCAUCAUCUUCCAUUCUUCCGCACUUCGCCAGGUCCAAAUCUGAGGGCGACUGCCAUGGCUGCCACGUCACUGCAGCAGGAGCAGCUGAUCGUCAUGCACCCCGACAACUGGCACCUCCAUCUUCGCGAUGGCGGUGUCCUCGAGGCCGUGCUGCCCCACAGUGCGAGGCAUUUCGGGAGGGCCAUCAUCAUGCCCAACCUGAAGCCGCCGGUGACCACGACGGCGCGGUCGGUGGAGUACAGGGAGGAGAUAAUGAGGGCGCUGCCACCAGGGAGUAGCUUCCUGCCGCUCAUGACACUGUACCUCACGGACAACACUAGCCCAGAGGAGAUAAAGCGCGCAAUCUUUGCUGUGAAGCUGUAUCCUGCCGGAGCAACUACCAAUUCCCAGGAUGGUGUCACCGAUGUAUUUGGGAAGUGCUUGCCUGUCCUCGAGGAGAUGGUCAAGCAGGAAAUGCCUUUGCUUGUUCAUGGAGAAGUCACAGAUUCACAUGUUGACAUCUUUGACCGUGAGAAGGUUUUCAUUGAUAGAACACUGGCACCACUUGUACGAAAACUUCCACAGCUGAAAAUUGUUAUGGAACAUAUCACAACUAUGGAUGCAGUGAAUUUCAUAGAAUCAUGUGAACAAGGUCAUGUUGCUGCAACAGUGACUCCUCAGCAUCUCCUCCUCAAUAGGAACGCUUUAUUUCAGGGUGGCUUGCAGCCACACAAUUACUGCUUGCCAGUUCUGAAAAGAGAGAUCCAUAGACAAGCUAGUUUAUCUGCUGUAACAAAAGGGAGUAGACGGUACUUUCUUGGCACUGACAGCGCUCCCCAUGAUAAACGGAACAAAGAAUGUUCCUGUGGAUGUGCAGGAAUAUAUAGCGCUCCUGUUGCCUUGUCUCUUUACGCGAAGGUAUUUGAAGAGGCUGGAGCCCUUGGCAAUCUAGAAGCUUUUACAAGCUUCAAUGGCCCUGAUUUCUAUGGUCUCACUUCUAAGAUUGUCUUGAGAAAGAGUACCUGGCAAGUUACCGCAACUUAUGAACACAGUUCAGGGGAGAUUGUGCCUAUGUUUGCUGGCAGCACCCUUGAAUGGCUUCCAUCUCAUGAUGAGCCUAAAGAACAAACGUACAGUAUCAGAAACAGCUAA